GUUCACGAGUUGACGCCAAACAACGAAAACCUGUUUCUGCUCUUGUGUUUUUCACCUGUGACCUGUCGUCUUUAAUUUUCCGCCUUUCGCCACAUUUGAAAGCAAAACGGAAAAAACUUAAAUCAAAGCUGGAUGCAUUAUUUUGAAAUUAUAUGCCAUUUAUAUCAGGAAAAACACUCGUUUUUGAAAUGUCGUGACACGAUUGGGCUGCAAAAGUCAUGCAGCCUUUUAGACAAAGGCUUUAUCAACUUCCGCCGGCGCCAGCAAUGUCGGUGUCUGAGCCUGGAAUGGCUGGAGUUUUAACACCGUCCAUGUCUACUGAAGAUUGUCCCUUAGAUCUAAGUCGAUCCGUCAAUUCCGUCAGCUCUCCAGGUGCUCAUCAAUCUCAUCAUCAGCCAACCAAAUUUGCUGGCCCAAAUCGUACUUACCACGCGUCUGGACAAAUAUGUCCUAAAAAUGCUCACACGCGAGGUGACCAUCCUGUAGCGCAAGACUCACAUUCCAGUCAGAUUAAUCAAGGACGCAAUUUUUUUUCCAGUCCAGAACAUGCAAGUCGGCCCCAUUCCAUUGCACCGCCUGUUCCUUCUGUGAUUGUUUCGCUUUCAUCUCCAAGCUCAAUAAGUUCAAGGGACCAAAAUUCCCCCUGGUGCUCACCAAAACCAACAAGUGGUAGUGACCCUGAGACUCGUGCGACGAUGUCUCCUAACGAGUUCGCUCAUCGGCAAGUGGAGUCGGCUUCUCCGUGUUCCACAACCACGGCUCAAGACAAAUUUUGUACCGCACAAUUGCGCCAAGUGUCAGUCAUUGUUGCACCACAAAAAAGAUCUCAUUCGGAAGAAGUUGAGCCGAAGAAAUUAAAAGAGGAUAAUUCUCAACCUAUGGAGCUGAAUCAAAACGGAGAAGAAUCUCAAUUGAAUUCAGAAAGACCUGCCAAACGCCAUUCCAGUGAAGACUGCCAGGAUCAACUUCCUUUAAAAAUUGCUGCCUUGGAAGAGGCGCCCGUUGACGAUAUAGAAACAAAAAAUGUCCAAAAUGUAUGUGGUUUUUGCAGCAAAGUUGUGCCUGAGAGAACAUUUUUCUGCUCAGUAUGGUGCCAAGUGGAGAAAAGAAUGGCCAACAAAAAACAAAAUUUAAAUGGAUCUCGAGUAAAAUUGUCCAUACAAAGCAUAGACAUGUGGUGUCAUGAAUGCUCCUAUUUUUAUCCGAAGCAAGCGUUCGUGAGAAAACACAAGAAAGAAACGUGCCAGGUUUUGCAGAAGUGGGUAGCUUCAGGCAAUUGCCCUUCUUCGCUGUUAAUAACAAUCAACGAAGAGUACGUCAGACCUCCUCCGUUGGUCAAGCUGAAGAAAAAAAUAAUCCUGAAAAAUGAGACUUUGAAAAAGCCACAGCCGAGCAGAAUAUGCGAAUUUUGCAACGAGGAUCUAAAGACGAAGGUGAAACUUGUAUCGCACAAAUCUUGGCAGCGCUGCCACAAAUGCAGCAUAGUUUUCAAUUGUCUCACUCUUCUGGAGCAGCACAUCCAAGCCGGACACCCCGAAGCAGGAACAUCGACCCCCGAGGAGAGUCCAGCAUUGGAUUCCGUCAUGUGCAAAUAUUGCAAUGUGAGCCUCGAUUCGAGCCAAAUUUUGGCAAAUCACCAGCAUUCGAAAAAGUGCUCCAAAUGCAGCACGUUUUUGGGCUGCUGCCGGAAACUAGCAGAACACUGGAAACUGUGCAGGGGCGGUGACAAGGAGGUCGGCAGCACGUGGCUGUGCGAUUUCUGCGGCAAAUCGGUCAAGGACAACAUGCGCAAGGUCCAUCAGACGCUCAGCAACUGCGUCAACUGCCAUUUGACGCUGCCUUGCUACGGCCUGAUGGAAAAACACCAGACGCAGUGCGUGGGUCGGAAAAGGAGCAAAAUCUGCACUCACUGCCGGAAAAACUUGCCUUCGUCCACCGCCCUGAUGAAACACACCCGGUCCAAGAGUUGUCCCGACUGCUCGUUCAGCGCCACUUGCUUCACCCAGUACAAACACCACAAGUGCAACAAACCCGAGGGGAAAGAGAAAACCGCCCCUCUCGUCAUUCCUCCUCCUCCUGCACCGGCAGAAAAAGUUCCUGUCCCUCCGCAACCUUGGAAAUCCGCAGAGCCCCUCAAGUACCGGUGCGAUUUCUGCCACGACAUCCUUUUCAGCGAAGAGCAACUGGACAAUCACGAGCAGCCCUUCAACUGCAGCCGCUGCAAGUUUGUGCAGCCGUGCUUGAAAUUACUAAAGGACCACGAGGCAUAUUGUCGGUUCGUGCCGCAUCCGACAGAGUCCGAGGCUCCGCAAGAGAUGGAUAUUCUGCAGUCCGGACAAGUGAGUCAGUCCAACAAUAAGGAAAGUCCAGAGCCUGAAGAGGCUCAAAAUCAAGUGGAGGAAAAAGUUUUGGUGGCAAAACCAAAUCCUCCUGAGGAAGGUCAUUCUCAAGAGGUUGCUGACCAGGACGAGUGGGAGAAGUUGGAGGAGGAGGAGGUUCUGCGGCAGGAAAGAACUGAUGCUUGUGAUUCACAGGCAGAUAAUUUGCCUGAAAUUAAUCAAAACGCAGUAGAAAUUUUUAUUGACCUGACCAUGGACGACGACGAUGAAGACAGCGACGUUCAACUUAUCGAGUAAUCAAGACACAGAUGUGUUCAAAUUAUACAUUUACCAUGUAAUAUUUUUUAUUUUCCAAUCGUAUAUGUCAAUGAAUGGCAGAACAAUUUUAAUAAGAAACUAAAUUCUACACAUUUGUAUUAGAAGAUUUGAAGUUUCAUUUAAUGAACAGCAAAUU